AUGUUGACAUACGAUACGAUUUCAGUUGGACAACGGGUGGAAGUUUUACAUAAUAAUCAAUUAUUAUUAGGUACAAUUGCAUAUAAAGGUCCAGUUGUUUCACGAAAGGGUAUCUGGCUUGGAAUCGAUCUUAGCACACCAGACGGUGACAAUAAUGGCUGUUUGUAUGGUCGAGUUUAUUUUCGCGCUCCUCCAAAUUAUGGAUUAUUUACAACAAUAGAAAAUGUUCGUUUAGCAACAGAUUUCAUACGAAAAUCAUUGAAACCAUAUCGAACAAUAAACAAGAAAAGUGAAGUGGAUGAAGCAUUGUUUGGAAAUACAGAUCCGCCUAUUUUACCACAACCAUCGCAUAAUUCAACUAUAUCGCAAUCAAUGGUUUCAUUAUCACUGAAAAACCCCAGAGAACGUGCAAAAAAGAGUGCUUUUGAUCAAGAAUAUAAAAAGUUUCCACUACCGCAAUCUCUUGUAAAAAAAAAAGUGAACGAUAAAUUAAAAAAGAAAAUCGAGAAAGCUCCACAGAAUAUUCAAUAUUCAUUUGCCUAUGCACCAUCCAUACCCCAAGUUUUUAUGCCACCUAGCGAAGUGGAUCGCGUAAAAUGGACUGGUUUUGAAGGUCAACACAGUCUACCAAGAUACACAGUUGUUUCAGAUCAGUAUGAUUUUUUUAAAUUAUCUUGUCCGAAUGAUAUUAGUUGA